AUGGAUAGAUCGAAACUUACAGAGCAAAAAGCAACGAUUCUUUACGCAAGGAAACGCGGGUUCUGGUCACGGAGAGAAGACGAGUUCGAAGUAUCUAAAUGGAGGCAUUAUUUAGAAAGCAAUCCUUUUAUCAUCAAAACUGACCAUGAACCUUUAAAAUAUUUGCUAGAGCAGAAAUUAACUACUGCCAUCCAGAAGAAAGAGAUGACUAAAUUAUUGGGGCUGGACUAUUCUAUUCAAUAUAGGAAGGGUAAGUCAAAUGUGGUUGCUGAUGCCCUUUCUAGACAGUGGGAAGAUCAAGGUCAAUAUAUGGCUAUGGGUACUACCCUAAUCAUUCCUAGUUGGGUGCAAGAAGUGGAAGACAGCUAUAAAGGGGACAAAAUGGCAACUAACUGGUUAUCUAUAUUACCAGUAAAUCCUACUGCUGACCCUUGGUGGACAUACUCUAAGGGUAUUCUUAGAUUCAAGGGCAAAGUAUAUAUUGGAGGGCUCCUACAACCAUUGCCUAUUCCUCAACAGGCUUGGGAGAUUAUUACUAUGGACUUCAUAGAAGGUUUGCCUACAUCUCAGAAGAAAAAUUGCAUAUUGGUGAUAGUUGAUAAAUUUACUAAGUACAGCCACUUCCUAGCCUUAUCACAUCCUUAUACAGCUACUGAUAUAGCCAGAUUGUAUUUGGAUACUCCGAAGCAGUGGGCUAAAUGGCUGCCACAUGCAGAGUGGUGGUAUAAUACUACCUACCACACUGCCCUUAAGCUUACACCAUUUGAGGCAUUGUAUGGCUACAAGCCUCCUACUAUGGUUUGGCAAGCAGAAACUAAUGUGCAGUCUGUUAGUGACUUAAUGAGAAGUAGAGAAGAUAUCAGACAGUUAGUGAAGCUACAACUUGAGCAUGCAAGUAACAGAAUGAAACAACAAACAGACAAGAAAAGAACAGAAAGAGUGUUUGCAGUUGGAGAUUCGGUUUACCUGAAAUUGCAACCCUACCGUCAGACUUCGUUGGCCCUGCGCAAGAAUUUAAAGUUAGCAGCUAAGUUCUACGGCCCUUAUAAAGUUAUUGAGAAGAUUGGUGAAGUUGCGUAUAAGUUAGACUUACCAGAUUCUUCUAGAUUACAUCCUGUCUUUCACGUGAGCCUCCUGAAGAAGCACGUCGGGGAUUCAAUUGUCUCUUCAAGGAACCCCCCUGCCAUGGACGAUGACGGACAGAUUAAAAUCGAGCCAUAUAAGAUUAUGGGAAGAAGAAUCAUAAAUAGACAAAACAAACCUGUAACGCAGUGGCUAGUGCGCUGGAAGAACCUUGAUGAAACCAGUGAUACGUGGGAAGAUUAUACGGUUCUUCGAGGCCAAUUCCCUGAAUUUGAUCCUUGGGGACAAGGAUCCUUUCCAGCAGCGGGUAUUGUUACAGUCGGAGGAGAGGAACGAGGAGAUGAACGGGGAAGAGAGGAAGAAAUUGGGGAAACAAUUGGGGGAAACAGCGAUCUAGGGUUAGGGAUUGAGGCUCGAGAGGGAAUUGAAAAAGGGAAUUUAGGGAUUGGAAGAGGACAAAAAGGAAUUGAAGCGUUUACCUGA